GGCCUCAGAAUUGGCCAAGAUGGCAGCGGUGUGUAGAGAUAUGGGCCGGGUGCGGUGCUGACCCGUAGUAAUUAUAGCGAGGGAUGAUUUGGAAGGGGAGGAGCAACCAGGUCCGGUGAGAACUUUUCAGCUGCUAUAUACCGGGGGGACGACAGAGAGCUGCAUGUUUAUUUCACGUGAAUUAUACAGCCGCACACACCAGUGCCCUGACUAAAACCACAGCUCAUAAUGGAACACAAGAAGAAUGAAAGCAUUGUGCCGAGCUUCGAAGAUUUAGAUGGAUACCUCACUGAACACAACUCCAAUGUUGUAUGGUUGCUUGUGGCUACCAUCUUGUCCUGCGGAUGGAUCAUUUAUUUAACGUAUUAUAAUUCUCGCAACAUUGGGCUCAUUCUAACGCUCGUUCUGAACAGAUUGUUUAAACAUGGAUACAUACACAUUGGAUCGUUUUCGUUCUCCGUACUCUCUGGAAAGAUCAUGCUGCGUGAAAUUUAUUAUAUUACAGAAGACAUGUCCAUUAGGAUUCAAGAUGGAUUCAUCAUCUUCCGUUGGUGGAAAAUGUACAACCCGAAGCAGAAACAACAUGACCCAAAAGCAGAAACCAGACUUUACAUUACUGUAAAUGAUUUUGAGUUCCACGUUUACAACCGCUCUGACCUUUAUGGACACCUCCAGGAAGUUUUUGGUUUGGAUCCAACAAUAUUUCCUCCUCGGAAAGAAGAUGAUAAGGUUCGAGAGAAUGGCAGAGAAAAGGCACAGUCUGAGCUGGAGAGCACCAAAAGCAAAACCGAAUCUCCCGAUCCUUCAUCAUCAUGGCGCUCUCUCAUUCCUGUUAUAAAAGUUAAUAUCAGUACGGGACGCUUGGCAUUUGGAAAUCACUACCAACCUCAGACCUUAUGUGUGAAUUUUGACGAUGCGUUCCUCACAUAUACCACCAAGCCGCCUUCAAGUCACCUGGACCAGUUCAUGCACAUCUUGAAAGGCAAACUGGAAAAUGUCCGCGUCAUGCUGGUGCCCAGUCCCAGAUAUGUUGGCAUGCAAAAUGACGAGCCUCCACGGCUCAUGGGAGAAGGCUUUGUGGUUUUGCAGUCUAAUGAUGUUGACAUCUACUACUACAUGGACGAGCCAGGCCUAGUUCCAGAAGAUACAGGAACAAGUAUUGAAGAUGAAGCCAAUUCAGAGGAUGCGAAGUUGCAAGACUUGCCUCCAUGCUGGGGAUUAGACAUCGUCUGUGGGAAAGGAACAGACUUCAACUAUGGACCUUGGGCGGAUAGGCAAAGGGACUGUUUGUGGAAAUUUUUCUUUCCUCCGGACUACCAGGUCAUGAAAGUUACAGAAGUUGCGCAGCCAGGAAAGCUAAGGCAGAUACAGGCCUUUGAAUUAAGGAUGAAUAUCAUCGCAAAUGCUACAAUCGAUCUCCUCUUUACCAAAAACAGAGAAACCAAUGCCGUGCAUGUGAACGUGUGGGCAGGAUCCUAUUUGGAAGUGAACAUCCCCAUGACUGUUUCUGAAAAUGGUUAUUCUCCGACAAUUAAAGGGCAGUUGUUACACGUCGACACCACUACAAGCAUGCAGUUCAGGAGCCUUCUGGAGGCAGAAAUGAUAGCUUUCCACAUAAAUGCCAGCUAUCCCAGGAUCUGGAACAUGCCCCAAACCUGGCAGUGCGGACUUGAAGUUUACAAGGCAACUUACCACUUUAUCUUUGCACAGAAAAACUUCUUCACAGAUCUGAUUCAAGACUGGUCCAGUGACAGCGCGCCCGAUCUCUUUUCAUUUGUCCCGUAUACCUGGAAUCUGAAGAUUAUGUUUCACCAGUUCGAAAUGAUCUGGGCAGCCAACCAACACAACUGGAUAGAUAGCUCUACCAGACAGCAGGAGAACGUGUAUCUUGCUGCUUGCGGAGAAACAUUAAACAUUGAUUUUGCGCUGCCAUUUACCGAUUUCGUACCCACUACAUGCAACACAAGGUUCUCUCUAAAAGGAGGCGAUGUUGACCUUCAUUUGUAUCUCCCUGACUGCCACCCAAGUAAGUACUCGCUACUUACGUUGGCAAAAGACUGUCAUCCGAAUAAAACCAGCCCUGACUCGUGCAACUCGGCCGAAAACCAAAGCGGCCAGAAAACUUGUAAGCCUAAAUGGAGGAACGUCACAGAGUCCGGGACUGGUUGGGUGGAAUGCUGGACAGUUCCGUCUGUCAUUCUAAACAUUGAUUAUACUUGGCAUCCAAUCUAUCCCCAAAAGGCAGAUGAACAACUAAAACAGUCGCUUUCUGAAAUAGAGCAGUCCAUGCUGUCUAAUCUGAGACCCAGUCAGAAACCAUUGGAACGGGUUAUCUCCUCACCAACGGCCUCCAGUACCCCUAUUGUGGAUCCGUCAGAGCUGCCCCCAGAUAAACUCCACGUGGAGAUCGAGCUCUCCCCAGAUUCACAGGUCGUUUUGUAUGGACCGUUGCUGAAGUCAUUUGUCUCGAUAAAGGAAAAUUAUUUUGGAGAAGAUGAUAUGUACACAGAUUUUGAAGAAGUCCUCUCCAGUCCGGUGUUGUCCAUGUCUACAUCUUCCAGCUCUGGCUGGACCACAGUAGGAAUGGAAAACCACAAGAGAGAUUAUGAUCCCACAUCCAAAGCGGUUCAUCCUCUGACUCUGCGGCCAUGGGACAUCACCGUGCUUGUUAACCUUUAUAAGAUCCAUGCAAAGCUCCCGGUGCACUGUGGCAAUGAUGGACCAGACUGUCCAAAUGUUUUUCUGGAGAGGCUGUGUUUUGAAAUGAAGAAAACCUAUAGAGAGACAUUUCUUCAACUUGUACUUUCUCCAGUUCACAUAUUUGUACAUGACAACUAUCAGCGGCCAACGGUGGACGGAAUGCUCCGGGAAGGACACAUCAGCCUAUCUGGUUUACAGCUACGUGCCCAUGCCAUGUUUUCUGCCGAAGGUCUACCUCUGGGUACAGACUCCCUGGAGUAUGCCUGGCUGAUAGACGUGCAAGCCGGCUCGCUCACAGCAGUGAUCACCGCUCCCCAGCUGGCGUGCCUGCUUGACUGGGGCCAAACCUUUGUAUUCCACGUCGUAUGCAACGAGUUUCAGCUGGAGAGGCCAAAAUCUGUGGUAAUAUGCCAACAUGGCAUCGACCGACGCCAUUGCAGUUCCAAGCCAAGUUGUUAUCCAGGUCCGUGCCUCCCUGCCGAUGACCUGAAAUACAGAAUGACCCGCUUGGCAGUCGACGGAGCGGAAAUCUUCAUGGUGGAGCAUGGCUGUGCUACAAACAUUAAAAUGGGUGCUAUACGACUUGCAAAUUGCAACCUCCACAACCAGGCUGUUGGAGAAGGCAUCAGCGCGGCUAUCCAGGAUCUCCAGCUGAGACAGUACCUCGAGCAGCUGGACAGCAGCAGACUGGGACUCCAGCCUACCGUUUUACGCAGAGCCCUCUGGCUAGAAACGGGCUCUGUUAUUUUAGGGCUUAUUACGGCAGAUAUAGCCCUGGCUGCCGAUCAUUCUUCCAAGCAUGAAGUCCAGAGGCGCUUCUUGGAAACUCAUGACAACAGAACCAAAAGGCUGUGGUUCCUGUGGCCUGACGACGCUUUGAAAAACAAGAGAAGCCGGAAUAAGUGCGGCUGCCUCGGAGGAUGCCGAUUCUUUGGUGGCACAGCAACGGGACUGGACUUUUUCCGCCUGGAAGAACUGACCCCAUCCAGCAGCUCGGCGUUCUCUACUACGAGCUCAGAGUCGGAUAUGUUUUAUGGACAGUCUUUGCUGCAGCCUAGUGAAUGGAUCAUAACAAAGGAUGCUCCAAAAGCAGGUGAAGGUAAGGCCAAUGGCAGCAGAAAGAAGGACAACAACUUGAAAUCUGUGGACCUUGAGAGGAAAUCCCAACAUUUAAGCCUACAAGUCCCGUUGCGUUCUCACAGCUCCUCAUCGUCUUCUGAGGAAAACAGCAGCUGCAGCGCAGCACUUCCUUUACUGGCUGGAGAGAAGGACAGCCUCUCGUCCGUCAAUGAGGAGAGUCCUGGACAAACUGAAUUUACACUCAAGGCUAAAUCACAGGACUCGCACGGAGGUGUUCCAGGUGAAGUUUCUGGAAGCAGUCCGAUUUCCCCAAACUCUCAGGAUAGAUCCGUUAUCAGUUCCCCACUCCGAUCUCCUCUUAAGCGCCAGGCAUCUGUAUGCUCCACUCGUCUGGGGAGCACAAAAAGUCUGUCUGCUGCUUUCUAUGUGGACAAGCCACCUGGUCCUGUUGGCGUUCAGUUCAGUAGUGAUGUCUCCCGUAGUGACGAAAAUGUCCUGGACUCUCCAAAGCAGAGGAGGAGCUUUGGUUCCUUUCCUUACACUCCAUCGGCAGAUUCAACCUCAUUCCACCAGUAUCGUUCAAUGGACUCCAGCAUGUCUAUGGCAGACAGUGAAGCUUACUUUUCUGCAGCAGAAGAGUUUGAACCCAUAAGCAGCGAUGAAGGUCCAGGGACAUAUCCAGGGAGAAAAAGGCGAAAAAGGCAAAUGCAAAAAAUUGAUUACAGCAGGAGCUCCAUUUAUCAUAGUGUAGAGGGACCUUUGACGGGAACAUCUCAGGGUGAAGCUAGGUUGGAUCCAAGGACGCUGCCGAUUCGAACUCAUCCUUCCCAAGCCUCGUUUGUCUCUGCUUUGGGAGGAGAAGAGGAAUCUUUUGAACAUGUCUAUGCAAUGGAAGCAGAGAAACCUGCCGAUAAUGAACAAAUCGCUCAGCAACCGAUCAUGUCCUGCUAUCAAAACUACCUGAGUCAGUUCCAGGUAUUUAACUGGUCAGUAAAACACCCAACAAAUAAAAGGACUUCAAAAUCUUCCCUACACCGUCCACUGGAUCUGGACACGCCAACCAGCGAAGAGAGUUCAACUUCAUGUGAUCAGCUCUGUGUCCCAACCUUCAAGGUUGUGAAGCAAGGUCUCUCCGCCAAUGCUUUACUCGAUAGAGGGAUGCAGCUUAUGGGCUCCUGUUCCAGCACUCCAUACACUCCCCUGGAAAAGAAAGGAACCGAGAAUACGGAUGAUGAAACAGUAACCGAGGAAUGGACCUUGGACCAACCUCUUUCACAUACGCGGACAACCGCCAUAGUGGAAGUAAAAGGCACAGUGGAUGUGGUUCUCAGCCCCCUGGUAGCGGAAGCAUUAGACAGGUACAUUGAGGCCAUGGUACAUUUUACCAGCACCCGACAUCCAGCUACGAUUGUUGAUGAUUUGCACGCAAAGGUUUUAACCGAAGCUGUGCAGAACAGCAAGACCACCUUCUCGGAAAACCUGUCUUCUAAGCCGGAUGUUAAGUUAUCCAAGCCAGAGAAUCUUCUUACAGGAGCAACAAACCCAGGACAGACGCAGGCCAAACCAGCCUUAAAACAGGACAGUGUGAAAAUUAAAGGGCUCCAAGCCACCGUAACUGUGCCUAAGGUGAAUCUUUGUCUGCUGCAAGCUUCUGUCGAAGAGACUUCUAGCGCGUCGGCAAAUAAAAGUGUAACCCAUGUCUCUCUGGUUGCGCUUUGCUUUGAUAGAAUAGCGACUCAAGUCCGUAUGAACAGAGGAAUUGUGGAAGAAAAUCCAAAUAAUCCAGACACUGGUCGGCCAUCAGUUAACUUGGAUAAGUAUGCCAACGCCAGUAAGAUGCAGCCGCAGUCUUCGGGAUCUUUGAGGUCAAAUUCUGGAAUUGAGAAAGGAAAAGAAAUUGCUGCCAAAUUAAAUGUGCGCCGUGUUCAUGGCCAGCUCAGAGGUCUCGAUACCUCAGAUGUAGGGACCAGUGCAAUCACCACUAUUCCCUUUGAGAAGUCAAAGGUUCUUUUCACGCUAGAGGAAUUAGAUGAUUUUACAUUUGUGGAUGAAACAGAGCAGCCCCCUACUACCGACGUUACACGAAUUGGGCCAAGCCAAGAAAAAUGGGGGUGGAUCAUGUUCGAGUGUGGCAUUGAAAAUCUAACAAUUAAAGGUGGUAGACAGUCGGGUGCUAUCUUGUACAAUUCCUUUGGCAUGAUGGGCAAAUCUAAUACUACUGAACGGAGUGGCUUACUAAAAUCGAACGACUCUUCGGAUUCGCCAACUGGAAGUGGCUACAGUACCGAUGUGUCUGAUGAUAACAUUCCGUGUGAUGGCUUCAGUCCUUCCUCGGACAUCAAUGGGAAUUCUGUGUCAGACGAACAGGAUGAAGGUGUUGAAUCUGAUGACCUGAAAAAAGAACUUCCGUUAAUGCCACCACCCCCAGACUCAAGCAGUAUGAAGCUUACUAUCAAAGAGAUUUGGUUCAGCUUUGCAGCUCCCACAAAUGUCCGUUCUCCCGCGCUUACAUUCUCCCGGCAGCUAAAUCUUCUUAGCACCGCAACCCCAGCAGUCGGAGCUUGGUUGGUUCCUAUAGACCAGUUAAAGUCAUCCCUCAACAAGCUGGAGACUGAAGGAACACUAAGGGUGUGUGCGGUGAUGGGCUGCAUUAUGACUGAAGCUUUAGAGAAUAAGAGCCUUCAUUUUCCACUGAGAAGUAAAUAUAACAAACUUACUAAGCAAGCCCGAUUCUUGCAAGAAAAUCCAUCUUGCCUCUUGUGUAAUUUGCUACAUCACUAUCUGCACCAAGCAAAUUACUCCAUCAUCGAAGAUGCCACAUUGAGUGAUGGUCUUCCUGCCCUUGUAACGUUGAAGAAGGGACUUGUUGCCCUGGCCAGGCAGUGGAUGAAGUUCAUCGUUGUUACACCAGCAUUUAAAGGUGUUCGUCUGCUCAGGCCAACUCAGCCACUAAAGCCACAAGACUCGGUCAAGCGAGAGGAGGAUAAUCUGAAUUUGCUGGAGAGUGGAGGUGGCCUGCAGAGUGACACCAGUGCAGAUGGAGCAGAGUUUGAGUUUGAUGCGGCUACAAUCAGUGAGCACACCAUGCUGCUGGAAGGAACAAAUACCCGUCCCCCUCCUGCAGGGGUCUCUGCCGGUCCUGUAAGUGGUGCUGAGAUUAUGAGGAAGCUGUCCAAGUCUAAUGCACACACUGACUCUGCUCUGAAGAUAAAAGGAGUCCAUCCAUAUCAAUCUCUGAGUUACACCAGUGGAGACACUGCCAACGAUUCACCGGCGCAUGUAAGCCGCUCCGGAAUGCCCGUCAAAGAAAGCCCCAGGAAAGAAAGUCUCCUGAGCUACCUGACGGGCAGCUUUCCUAGCCUGCAUAACCUCCUGGAAGGCACUCCUCAACGAACUGCCACAGCGGUCAAAAGCAGUUCUCUUACAAGGACAGGGAAUCCUGUGGCCACAGAAAUGUUGUCAGAACACCCUUUAUUGUCUGAACCAUCCUCUGUGAGCUUCUAUAACUGGAUGUCAAAUGCAGUGGGUAAUAGAGGCUGUGUGGUACAAGAGUCUCCCAUGAUCAAGUCUGGACACAACAGCCUUCCAUCAGGCACUGGACAUAAUCUCCCUACAAUUCCUUCAGCGUCUGACUUCAACACCGUACUGUCCAGUGACCAGAACACCCUGGACGGCACUCAGUCUCAGCACAGCACUAGCCAAGAUGAAAUAGCGGGCAUUGAAGAGGGCAACCAGGGACUCUCGGCAGUCCAGCUUGCAGAUGCACAGGUGGUAUUUAAACCUCUACUGAGUUAUACGGGGAUCCAGUCACAGGAUGUUGUUCCUCUCAGCUACAGAAUGUAUUUCGGAGAACACCUGUCUUUCUCUGGCACGUUGGACUGCCUCCGAGCGGACAUUGUCGAUUCAGACACUUCGAAAGAGAGGAGGAGUAAAAGAGCCAGGAGACAAGGAGCCAUCAAUCUUCCUCCUCUUGAGUUUAAACCAGCCCUGAUGCUAGAAACGUUUAGUAUCAAUGCAGUGAUAAUGGAGAAGUCGAUGUGUACCCCCCAGAACUCCACGAAUGCCCUGUCCUUUCAUGAUCUCAGCAAGCGAUACUACAACACCUUUCAUUGCAACUUUACCAUCUCUUGCCAGUCAAUUAGUCAACAUGUGGACAUGGCGUUGGUCCGCCUAAUUCAUCAGUUCAGCACAAUGAUUGAUGACAUCAAGGCGACCCAGACAGAUAUUAAACUUAGCAGAUACACAGCUGGAUCAGCCUCUCCAACACCCACUUUCAAAACGAGAAAACACCGAGAUUUCCGGUCCUCUGAUUUCAGCCGUAGCUCUCGUGGCAGUCUAAACGGGGUCACGAGAGUAAAUAACAUGAAGAGCAAGAGAGCCAACAAUGAAAACAACAAGAAGGAAUCACGGAACAAGAACUCCCUGGGAAGAUCAGAGAGGAGAACUUCAAAGGUUUCUCGCAAAGGCUCAAAAGAUGCCGUGGAUCACAUGGCAAUUCACAUGGAUGACUCUGAUUCCAUCACCGUUUCUGAACAAAGUGAGCCUUCUGCAGAGUGUUGGCAGAACAUGUAUAAACUCUUGAACUUCUACUCUCUUAUAUCAGAUCCCACUGGGUUUUUGGAAAAGUCAUCAGAGCCGUUUGGCCCAGCAGGCGGUCGGAGUCCUUCAGAGCCCACGUGCCGAGUGGUGUUUGAGAAUGAACAGGAUAGCAACAGUCUGAAUAGAAAUCAAAGGAAACGCAGCCUGGUUGUGACCGAACCCCAGCACGUCACGCUGAUAGUGUUUGGAAUUGGCAUGGUCAACCGCACGCAUCUUGAAGCGGACAUUGGUGGCCUGACCAUGGAGUCCGAGCUCAAGAGGAUUCACGGCAGUUUUACUCUAAAAGAAAAAAUGAAAGAUGUUUUGCAUCAGAAAAUGACAGAGACUUGUGCUACGGCUCAUAUCGGCGGUGUGAAUAUUGUUCUCCUCGAAGGCAUCACUCCAAAUAUUCAACUGGAGGAUUUCCCUACAUCUCCAACAAGCACGGCCAAACAAGAGUUUCUGACUGUGGUAAAAUGCAGCAUCGCCAAAUCUCAAGCUCUCUACAGUGCCCAGAGAGGUCUGAAAACCAGCAAUGCCGCCGUAUUCAAAGUUGGAGCGAUCAGUAUAAACAUACCGCAGCACCCAGCCACGCUGCACAGCAUGAUGGUACGCAGCUCACAUCAGCUUUCCAAGCAGAUCUCUGACCUCAUCCGACAGCCGUCUACAGUGGUACCACCUCCUCGAGAGGACAUUGCAACUCCACUUCUUUCCGAAAAGACGCCAUCAAGUGUGAACCAGACUCCUAUUGAAACCAAUGAAUUCCCUCAGCUUCCAGAAGGUUUAGAAAAGAAACCCAUUGUGUUGAAGUUCAGUGCCAUGUUAGAUGGUAUUGCCAUUGGAGCCGCCCUGCUUCCUUCUUUGAAAGCAGAGUACAAGAUGGGAAGGAUGAGAAGCCAUGGAAUGACUGGUGCCCAGACAAGGUUUACUUUCGAGCUACCAAACCAUAGGCUACGUUUUACUUCAAAGGUCUCCUCUACAGACACAUCAACGAUUCCCCCGUCCGCCAGCCUUAACCUCCCGCCAGUCACCAUGUCUGGGAAGUACAUUAUGGAGGAGCAUGACAACUGCUCUGACCAGGCAUGGAGCAUGGACGACCUACUAGCAAAGCAGGGUUAUUAUCUGCAAGGAAACUACUUACGCUGUGUGGCCGAGGUUGGGUCAUUUGAGCACAAUCUAACCACUGAUCUGCUCAACCAUCUGGUGUUUGUGCAGAAGGUCUUCAUGAAAGAGGUCAAUGAAGUUAUCCAGAAAGUCUCAGGUGGGGAGCAACCAAUUCCUCUUUGGAAUGAACAUGAUGGUGCAACCGAUGGAGAUAAACCCAAGAUCCUUCUUUACUCAUUAAGCUUGAGAUUUAAGGGGAUCCAAGUGACCGCUACCACCCCAUCCAUGAGGGCCGUGAGGUUCGAGACUGGACUGAUAGAACUGGAGUUGUCCAACCGGAUUCAGACCAAAGCUGUACCAGGAAGCAGAAGCUAUUUAAAACUCUUUGGGAAAUGUCAAGUAGAUCUGAAUUUGGCUCUUGGACAAAUCGUGAAACAUCAGGUUUAUGAGGAGGCUGGGUCUGAUUUCCACCAGGUUGCUUAUUUUAAAACUCGAAUUGGCUUGCGUAAUGCCUUCCAGGAGGAAAUCGGUGGCUCUUGUGGCAGGGAGGCAGUUCUCAUUACUCUGAGCAGGCCUAUUGUCUACGCACAGCCUGUGGCCUUUGAUAGAGCUGUGCUUUUUUGGCUGAAUUACAAGGCGGCUUACGAUAACUGGAAUGAGCAGAGACUGGCGUUAAACAAGGAUAUCCACGUGGCUACAAAGGAAGUGGUGGACAUGCUUCCUGGAAUCCAGCAGACAUCUGCCCAGGCCCUUGGGACACUAUUCCUACAGCUCACAGUGAACGAUCUGGGGAUUUGUUUGCCAAUAACCAACACAUUACAGGCAAAUCACACAGCGGAUUUCGAUACCGGUUCUGCAUUGGUACUAACCAUUGAGAGCACCCUGAUCACCGCCUGCUCUUCUGAGUCUCUCGUAAGCAAAGGGCACUUUAAAAACUUCUGCAUCCGCUUUGCCGAUGGAUUUGAAACAUCCUGGGAUGACUGGAAACCUGAAGUCAGAGCAGAUCUCGUCAUGAAUGCCUGUGUGGUUCCAGAUGGAACGUACGAAGUAUGUUCAAGAACUACAGGUCCGGCUGCUGCUGAAAGCAGCAGUGCAGGGACUUGGACACUUAACGUGCUAUGGAAGAUGUGUGGUAUCGAUGUACACAUGGACCCAAAUAUUGGAAAGAGGCUUAAUGCCCUUGGCAAUACUCUUACAACCCUGACCGGAGAAGAAGAUACUGAUGACAUAGCCGACUUGAACUCUGUAAACAUGGCUGACCUUUCAGAUGAGGAUGAAGUAGACAGCAUGUCUCCUACAGUCCACACUAAUUCAGAAGGAGGUUGGGUUAAUGGAGAAGGCUUCAAGCUUACCCUUGGUCAGAGACUUGUAAAUCACCUACUUGGUCUGAAAACCCAGCGCCAGCGUUACUCAGUCCCCGCAGAGUAUCUUGCUGGUUCAGAAAUGUCCGAUUCUCGUGGUUCUAUCCGGUCGCAUUCGACCGCAAGCAGGUCUCGCUCAUGGGCAAAUGAGACCAUAGACUACCGGCGGCCGGGACAGCUUGGGAGUCAGAGUUCGGACCCAAGAGGAAGGAAAUUUGGGAAACGCUUGGUUGAUAUCAGGGAACUCAAUGAGCAAGCCAAAGUGAUUGAUGAUCUCAAGAAACUUGGAGCCAGCGAGGGAACCAUUAAUCAGGAAAUUCAGCGUUAUCAACACCUUGAGUCUGUGGCCGUGAAUGACAUUCGCAGGGACGUCCGUAAAAAGCUGCGUAGGUCAAGCAUGAGGGCAGCCUCUUUGAAGGAUAAAUGGGGCCUUGGAUACAAACCAAGUUACAACCGUUCCAAAAGUAUUACCGCCUCCGGCAGACCACCUCUGAAAAGAUCAGAGAGAGCCAGUUCGAGGCUGGAUGGUGAAGAACUUCCUGAAAUACGUAUUGAAGCGGCUUCGCCUGCAGGGCCCAGAGUGACUUUCAAUAUUCAAGACAGUUUGAAUAGGACAGUUUUAGGAUUAAAUCGUCACUCUGGCUGUUCUUGGGAGGAAGGGUACUUUCAGUUUCCGGAGGAGGCAGAUGGUGAUCUUUUGUCAGUUACCAUUGAUGGUCCAUCCCAUUACUCACCCAUUAGUGAAGGUUCCCAUUCUGUGUUCAGCACCCCUAACACACCCCGAGUCUUAUCACCAAGCAUUCCCUUCCAGACUGAAGAGGGGAAAAGAGAAGACAGUUCCUCCUCAUCCUCCGAUGAUUCAGAGAAGGAGGAAGAGCCUGACAGAGAAAAACUGUUUUAUUAUCGGAAAGCCCAGCAGAGCACCCGGAAGAAAUCUUCAGGUUUUGCAGCGGUCCAUCAACUCUUCACCGAACGUUGGCCUACAACACCAAAUCGGAACGUGUCCAGUGCAACCACAGAGCGGAACAUCGACUUUGAGCUGGAUAUUAGAGUGGAGAUUGAUAGCGGCAAAUGUGUUUUACAUCCGACAACACUUCAGCAAGAACACGAGGAUAUCAGUUUAAGACGGACCUAUGACAGAAGCUCUCGAAGCCUCGAUCAGGACUCUCCAUCUAAAAAGAAAAAAUUCCAAACAAACUAUGCCUCUACUAGUCACUUGCUAGCUGGGAAAAAGGUGCCGUCAUCACUACAAACCAAAGCAAGUGACUUGGAGACAACAGUGUUUUAUAUUCCCGGGGUAGAUGUAAAGCUACACUACAACUCCAAAACAUUAAAGACGGAGUCGCCGAAUGCCUCAAGGGGAUCUUCUCUGCCAAGGACGCUUUCAAAAGAGUCCAAGCUGUAUGGUAUGAAAGACACGGCUACAUCUCCUACCUAUAGCACUGUCCACAGCAAGACUAACACCUUGUUACCUCCCCAGUCCCCUCCUUUCCCUUCAGCCAAAGGAAAGGGAAGCGUUAAAACGGCUAAAUUAUAUGCCUGGGUAGCUCUACAGUCACUGCCUGAAGAGAUGGUCAUUAGCCCAAACCUGCUUGACUUCUUGGAGAAGGCCCUGGAAACCAUUCCAAUCACGCCUAUUGAGAGGAAUUAUGCAGCCGUGAGUUCUCAGGAUGAGGACAUUGCACAGUUUGACUUGCAGGACCCACUAGAAGAGUCGACAACAUCAUUAGUGUCUUCAUCGACAUCUGCUUACUCGUCAUUCCCGGUCGAUGUGGUCGUGUAUGUGAGAGUUCAGCCCUCGCAGAUUAAAUUCAGCUGCUUGCCAGUGUCCCGGGUGGAAUGCAUGCUGAAGCUGCCAUCCUUAGACUUGGUGUUCUCUUCAAACAGAAGUGAGCUGGAAACGCUUGGAGCCGGGCAUCCCUGUGAUGCUAGUUCUGCUAAUCUGUCCAUGCCAAGUGGAUCAAAAGCAAACAUGAACAAACCAGGCAUGGCAGGACCUUCCCCUGGACUCGGCAGCCCGCUUGGAAGAACAAGACACAGCAGCAGCCAGUCCGACUUAACCAGCUCCAGCAGCAACUCUUCAGGCCUGAGCUUCACGGCGUGCAUGUCCGAUUUCUCUCUGUAUGUGUUUCACCCUUAUGGCGCAGGCAAACAGAAAUCCGCUGUCUCUGGACUGACUCCUGGCUCGAGUGGAUUAGGUCAAGUGGAUGAAGAGCCUACAUCGGUGACUGGUCGUAAAGAUUCCCUUAGUAUUAAUCUGGAAUUUGUAAAAGUCAGUUUGUCUAGAAUGAGGCGUUCUGGAGGAGCUUCCUUCUUUGAAGGUGUCUCUGCUAACAAAGGAGCAAGCAAAAUGGAUACCACUUUGAUCAACAUCUCUGCUGUGUGUGAUAUCGGCUCUGCAUCCUUCAAAUAUGACAUGCGACGCCUUAGUGAAAUUUUGGCCUUUCCAAGGGCGUGGUAUAGGAGAAGCAUCGCUAGACGCCUCUUCCUUGGGGAUCAAACCAUCAACUUACCAGCAUCGGGUCCGGGGACUCCUGAUUCCAUAGAAGGGGUAAACCAACACCUUUCGCCUGAAUCGUCACGCAAGGCGUAUUGUAGGACUUGGGAGCAGCCCAGCCAGUCCAGCUCAUUCUCCCACAUGGCGCAGUCUCCCGGUGUUUUUAAUGAACAUGCGCCAGGCAGCAGCAUGUCUCCAGGAACAGCCACCCACUCCUUGAAGUCUCCAGCUGCGACAAGGUCAAGGAGCGUUUCUGACUCUUCUGUGCCUCGGAGAGAUUCUGUCACCAAGCCUGCAACGCCAUCAUUCAACAAAGCCAGUAAAACUUCCAGCCAGCAGGCAUCCCCAUGGGAAACAUUGGUUGUAUUUGCAAUUAAUUUGAAACAACUUAAUGUACAGAUGAACAUGAGCAAUGUUAUGGGAAAUACUACGUGGACCACAAGUGGGUUGAAAAGCCAGGGUCGCCUUUCAGUGGGAAGUAACAGAGAUCGGGAGAUUGGCAUGUCCGUUGGUCUGGGCAGAUCUCAGCUGGACUCCAGAGGUGGAGUUGUUGGUGGAACUAUAGAUGUUAACACCUUGGAAAUGGUUGCUCAUAUUUCAGAACACCCCAAUCAACAGCCCAGCCACAAAAUCCAGAUUACAAUGGGUUCUACUGAAGCACGUGUUGACUACAUGGGAUCGAGCAUAUUAAUGGGGAUCUUUAGUAAUGCUGACCUGAAGCUACAGGAUGAGUGGAACGUCAAUUUGUACACUCCGCUGGAUACCAGCAUUUCAGACAAAAGUGUUAUUUUUAUUCAUGGAGAUCUCCAGUGGGACAUUUUUCAAGUCAUGAUCUCCAGGUCAACCACACCGGACUUAAUUAAAAUUGGAAUGAAACUGCAAGAAUUUUUCACUCAACAGUUCGAUACAAGCAAGCGUGCUUUAUCCACUUGGGGACCAGUUCCAUACAUCCCACCAAAGGCAGUGGUCACAAACGUAGAGAAGAACUCUCGUGAGCAAUUGCUGGAUGCCGCUCACCAUCGCCACUGGCCUGGAGUACUCAAGAUGAUAUCAGGAUGCCACAUAUCACUAUUUCAGAUUCCCUUACCAGAAGAUACCGUUCAGUUAGGUGGCUCAAUGAGCCUUCAUGGAAACCACAUGACAUUGGCGUGUUUCCAUGGACCCAACUUCCGUUCUAAAUCUUGGGCAUUGUUCCACUUAGAAGAGCCAAAUAUUGCCUUUUGGACUGAAGCACAAAAAAUCUGGGAGGAGGGUUCGAGUGACCACUCUACAUACAUUGUCCAAACACUCGAUUUUCACUUGGGACACAACACAAUGGUCACCAAGCCUUGUGGUGCUCUGGAGAGUCCGAUGGCCACAAUCACCAAAAUAACCCGAAGGCGCCAUGAAAACCCACCGCAUGGUGUGGCGAGUGUAAAAGAAUGGUUCAACUAUGUAACUGCUAUGAGGAAUGAAGAACUUAACUUGCUUCGAAAUGUUGAUGCUAAUAAUCCAGAAAGCAGCACAGAAGUGAAAAACUCGAGCUUGUUGAGUGGCUUUCGGGGAGCUUCCAGUUACAAUCAUGAAACGGAGACCAUUUUUGCAUUGCCAAGGAUGCAGUUGGACUUCAAAUCUAUACAUGUGCAGGAACCACAAGAACCCACGUUGCAAGAUGUUGACAGCAAACCAAAUGUAGAAUGUAGUGUCGUAACAGAGUUCACUGACCAUAUCUGUGUGACAAUGGAUGCUGAACUUAUUAUAUUUCUCCAUGAUCUAGUCUCUGCUUAUCUAAAGGAGAAAGAGAAAGUUAUAUUCCCACCUCGCGUCUUGAUGACCCGCUCUGGGCAGAAAAGCCCCGUAAUCCAGAUUGAUAACAGCUCGUCGGAAAAGGAAAAGGAGGAAAACACUAAUUACACAUAUGUGGAUUGGCGGGAAUUUAUGUGCAAUACAUGGCACCUAGAGCCAACGCUCAGGCUCAUUUCAUGGACAGGAAGGAAAAUUGACCCGGUGGGGGUCGAUUACAUACUUCAAAAACUUGGAUUUCACCACGCCAGAACCACUAUUCCAAAAUGGCUUCAGCGCGGGGUGAUGGAUCCACUGGACAAGGUUCUGUCCGUCCUCAUCAAGAAGCUGGGUUCCGCUCUGCAGGACGAAAAGGAAAAGAAAGGAAAGGACAAAGAGGAGCAUUGAACACAAAAAGACGAGAACAAAAUUGUAGACUUAACUAGAACAAGUUUUUAUUGUACAGUAAAUUUGUUUUAACAGUUGUACUUGAAAGUGACAAACCUAACCACUAUUUUAUUAUUAUUUUUUUUUUUAAAACUUAGCACUUUCAUCCCUGGGAGCCGUUUUCUUUUGCAUUUCUUUCUGCAAUCUCUCCUUUUGGCCUUUCUUGUGAAGCUAUUGUGAUGUGCUGCUAUGAACAGUGUGUGAAAGCUCACAUCUGCUCCUUUCUCACCUCUGAAAAUCCCGUUCCUGCGCCGUAUCCACCGUCAAAAAAACAAAACAAAACAAAGACUCAGGGAUGAGAGCCGUUCUAAAUUCCGUUUUGAAUGUUCUGGUUUACUACGGUGCAUGCUGCCAUUCCGCUGCGGAUAAAAGCAUUGCGUGAAUAUGUAUAUUUUGGUUUAAACACUGUAAAGUUGUUGAGGGAUAGCAUUAUUACUUCUAUGUGCAAUAUGAUUUUGUGUCGGUUAUAACUGCAGAUAUUAACUGUGAACUAUUUUUGUUUAGAUUUUUGUUGGUUAUAACAAUAAACUCUUGUUGACAAUGUGAA